CGUCGUUUACUCAUCAGUUUCGUUAGUUUGUAUCGGCCUGUAUUUCUCCGGUUCAGCCGUUUUCUACAGCUCCAGUCCAGUUUCUGCCUCCUGUGAAGAUUAACUCCUUUGUUUUAAGAAGCUGAGGACAAAAGAUGGAGACAGAUUAUUCUUUUUUUGUGGACAGUAAUAGAGCGGCGCUUGUCCAGCGUGUUUCUUUAGUGUUGCCGUUGGCUGAUGAGUUGCUGUCAAAGCGUAUCUUAUAUAAUGAAGCAUAUUCGCGGAUUCAAACACAAAAGACCCCCCAGGACAAAAUGAGAAUGCUUUUCAGCUUUGUGGAAUCUGGAGGACGUGCAGCAAAAACUGCCUUUUACCUGGCACUGAAGAGACAGCAGCCAUAUCUCAUGGAAGAACUGGAGAACCAAAACACGAGUUCCAAUGUUACCUUAAUGCCACAAAGAGAUAUAAGCACUGUUCCAGCCUCAGUAAACAUCUCACAGAAACCGGUUAAAAGACAACGUCCUUAUCUCAGCGCUAGGGAAGAAGAAGCAAAUGUGGACGUUAAGAAAACUCUGGAAAAAAACCUUAAACAAAGAUGGCUGACACAGAAAGCUAGCGAGAAAUGGCAGCAGAAAUUAAACCUUCUCCUUGAUGAUCCUAAACUGCAGAGUGUAGGGAAGGGGAAGCUUUUCCUGUCCAUGGACGAGAAGUUCAAUAUAGGACAUGGAGCUAACGGUACCAAAGUAUAUAUUGGAAUAAAAGCGGAUGGCACUGAAGUAGCCAUUAAACGAAUGAUUAAGGCCAACACAGAAGAACUAAAGAAUGAGAUGUCACUUUUACAAGAUCUUGAGAGCAGCUACAUCGUCAGAUAUGUGGAUUUUGAAGAGGAUAGAAACUUUAAUUACCUCGCUCUCCAGCUCUGUGAAAGUAAUUUGGAUGUAUACAUGAAUGAGCUUCGAGAACAGAAUAAAGGACAGAGGACAGAAGAGGACAGAAUAAAGACUUUGAAGAAACUGGCAAGGGAUGUGCUCCUUGGGUUAGAAGUUCUCCAUGAGGCUAAGGUGCUCCACCGAGAUAUAAAACCCAGAAAUGUUCUCAUAGAUGUGAAAGGAAAUGCGAGGCUGGCGGACUUUGGCAUAAGCCGCAGACUAAACAGAGGUGAAAGCACCAAGCACACUGCAAGAGCUGGUACUCAAGGAUGGGAAGCAGCAGAGAUUCUGGAAAACGAGGAUGAAGAGAAGUGCAGAUAUAAAAGAAGCUCGGAUAUACAGGUGGCUGGAAUGUUGGUGCAUUAUAUUCUCUCAGAUGGGCAUCAUCCCUUUGGCAGAGGUAAUCGUGUAGAAGUAAACAUUAUGGAUGGGAAGUACUCUCUGCAAAGGAUAACAGACGUGGAAGCAAAAGAUCUGAUUGAGGGGAUGAUUCAAAAAGAACCAGAACAGAGACUGAGGAUUAAAGAUGCCGUAGAUCAUCCUUAUUUCUGGGAUGAUGACAGGAGAGAUAGAUUUCUGAGGAAAGUCGGAGCUGAGAAAGCUGUCCAGAAGUUCAGCGGCGCAGAUAAAAAGCUUCUCAAUGCUGUGGCUAAACACACUGUAGGAAGAACCUUUUCUGGCUGGAAAUCUAAGGUUCCCCAAGAAUUAUCUGUUGACCAAAGACUUCCAGAUGACUUACUUGGCUUGCUGGGUUUUCUGUGUGACUUGUUGGUGCACAACAAAGACGUAUAUGAUGAGAACAAGAUGUUUAAAGAUUUGUUCCCGGACUUCUUCAUUAGUGUGCACAAGCUGGUAAAGGAGAUGGGUUGGAAGUUUGAGGAUACCCAAUAAGAAGAUGCUCUUACUGUGGGUUUUUAUGAAUGACUGACAUAAAAUUCAACUACAAUCUUAUAUUUUAGCUUAUAUGGCCACUAUUGAGUAGUUCCCUGAAAACGCGAGCUUCACGUCAUUUGAAAAGAACAGAAUCGUUUCCUCCUGUGUUUGGCAUUACUUAUUUAUAGCCAGUACGGAAAGACUCUGGGAUUUUCAGGGAUCUUAUGCAUUUCUUUUGGGCAUGGUUGAAGGUGAAUGUGUACUAAUUUUUUAGUUAGUGAUUUUCAUACCUCUUUUGUUCAAAACCAGGAAGUUAUACAUUUUUUGUCAUAUAUUCAUGAAGGUAUAUUUCUUCUUUGAUAAUAUUUAGCCUCUUUUCUCUUCUUUUGUUUUGUGGAUUUUUACAUUUUUAGUAGCAUACUUUAAGCAUUAAUAUCAGAAGGUAUUAACUCGCUCUUAGCGUUAAAGAGUUAUGACAUUCGCAUAGCAGGGCAGGCGACGAACAGACAGUAUGUGACAAACAUGCAGAGAUGUAUACACAACAACAGGAAACCGGCCAAGGCCAAAAACUGAACUAGGUCUGCGCUUAACCGUUAGAACAUGAGGUUUUCGUUAGAACGUGAGGUUUUCGCAUCCAUAUAUGGUAAACUAUAUGUCCAUUGCACCCACUAAACAGGAACAUGUACACAUUUAGGUUUAGUUUAUACGCACAUACAUAUUCAGCUUCAGGGUAUAAAAGGAGUCAGAACACAUUGGGAGGUCAGAGCUUACUUGGGAGGUACAUGAUGCAUGUUCUCUGUUUGUAACGUCU